AAAAAUACAAGCAAAACGUAAUAAGUGCCAAAACUUAAAAAGUCAUCAACCCAAUAAUCACACUGUGCUUACACCUAUUUAUGGCUUAAAAUCUCCCUUUAAACAAGUUAGAAAGAAAAGCCAAGACAAGAAAAGAAAAAAAGGGAGAGAAGCAGAAAGAGAGAGAGAGAGAACUGAAAAAAGAAAAGAAAAGAUAAGACUAAUUAACGUUUUUUUGGUUUGGUUUUCUUCAACACGCAGGAGACACGAAGUAAAGAGACAAGUUACAUCAGAUGGUUAAAACUUGUUAAAAGAGUUUGUGUAUGUGUGUGAAAGUAGUUUAAGGUUGUGGGGGUGGUUGAAGAAGUUUUUUAGCUUUGUAGAUAGAGAUGUCAGGUGGUGGAGGCAGCAUAGUGUGGUUCAGAAGAGAUCUGAGGAUAGAAGACAAUCCAGCACUGACAGCAGGAGUGAGAGCUGGUGCUGUGGUUGCAGUUUUCGUAUGGGCACCUGAAGAAGAAGGUCAAUACUACCCUGGCAGGGUCUCUAGGUGGUGGCUCAAGAACAGUUUGGCUCAUCUUCAUUCCUCUCUGAGGAAUCUUGGCACUCCUCUCAUCACUAAGCGAUCCACUGACACUCUUUCUUCUCUUCUUGAGGUUGUUAAGUCCACUGGAGCCACUCAACUUUUUUUUAAUCAUUUGUAUGAUCCCCUGUCACUUGUCAGGGAUCACCGAGCAAAGGAGGUUCUGACUGCUCAGGGCAUAACAGUACGUUCCUUCAACGCGGAUUUAUUAUAUGAACCAUGGGAAGUGAAUGAUGCACAUGGCCGACCAUUCACAACUUUUGCUGCUUUUUGGGAAAGAUGCCUUAGCAUGCCUUAUGACCCUGAGUCACCUCUUCUCCCACCCAAAAGGAUAAUUCCAGGUGAUGCAUCCAGGUGUCCUAGUGAUACAUUGCUGUUUGAAGAUGAAUUAGAGAAGGCAAGCAAUGCACUUCUUGCUCGGGCAUGGUCACCUGGGUGGAGCAAUGCUAACAAGGCAUUGACAACCUUCAUAAAUGGUCCACUGAUUGAGUACUCAAAAAACCGCAGGAAAGCAGACAGUGCAACUACCUCACUUCUGUCCCCCCAUUUGCACUUUGGUGAGUUGAGUGUUAAGAAGGUCUUCCAUCUUGUCCGCAUCAAACAAGUUUUGUGGGCCAACGAAGGAAACAAAGCCGGCGAAGAGAGCGUGAACUUGUUCCUCAAAUCUAUAGGUCUUAGAGAAUAUUCAAGGUACAUUAGUUUCAACCACCCCUACAGUCAUGAAAGGCCUCUUCUAGGCCACCUUAAGUUCUUUCCUUGGGUUGUAAACGAAGGCUAUUUUAAGGCAUGGAGACAAGGCAGGACUGGGUACCCUUUAGUGGAUGCUGGGAUGAGGGAGUUGUGGGCCACUGGUUGGCUGCAUGAUCGAAUACGUGUUGUAGUUUCCAGUUUCUUUGUGAAGGUUCUGCAGCUUCCAUGGAGAUGGGGAAUGAAAUAUUUCUGGGACACCCUUUUGGAUGCAGAUCUUGAGAGUGAUGCUCUUGGUUGGCAGUACAUAUCUGGUAGUCUCCCUGAUGGUCGUGAAAUUGACCGAAUAGAUAAUCCACAGUUUGAGGGAUACAAAUUCGACCCUAAUGGAGAAUAUGUGCGACGCUGGCUUCCAGAACUUGCAAGAUUACCAACCGAGUGGAUACAUCAUCCUUGGAAUGCACCAGAGUCAGUGCUACAAGCUGCUGGAAUUGAGUUAGGAUCGAACUAUCCUCUUCCAAUUGUGGGAAUAGAUGCAGCAAAAACCAGAUUACUAGAAGCGCUAUCAGAAAUGUGGCAACAAGAGGCAGCUUCAAGAGCUGCAAUGGAGAAUGGAACUGAGGAAGGACUUGGAGACUCUUCUGAAUCCGUUCCUGCUGCUUUUCCUCAAGACAUGCAAAUGGAGGAAACUCAUGAGCCUGUUAGGAACAAUCCCCUUCCUGUUGCUCGGCGCUACCAGGAUCAGAUGGUUCCAAGCAUCACUUCUUCCUUGUUGAGAGUGGAAGAGGAAGAAACUUCUUCUGAUCUUCGACACUCGGCAGAAGAGAGCAGCAGAGCUGAAGUGCCAGUAACUGCAAAUGCACAACAAAAUGUAGGAGUUACAUUGAAUGAACGGAUGCUGCAGACCACUAAUAGGAAUGCACAAACACAAUACAAUACUACAAUGGAGCUGAGAAAUGUAGCUGAAGAUUCAGCAGUAGAAUCUUCAAGUGGUACCAGGAGAGAAAGGGAUGGAGGUGUAGUUCCAGUAUGGUCUCCCCCAGCUUCUAGUUACUCAGAACAAUUUGUAGGAGAGGAAAAUGGUAUAACAAACAGUUCAUCUUUCUUGCAAAGGCAUCCUCAGUCUCACCAAAUGCUGAAUUGGAGGCAGCUACCUCAGACUGGGUAAUUCAUAUCUAAAGCAAUUAGACUAGAAGCAAGGAGGUGGAAAUUACACUACCACUUUUCUGUUGAGAGAAAGUGAGGUGUUGAAGCCCCAUUGAACAUACAUGUGUUAAUUUCCUUCUCCUUUACCACCACCUGACCUCCAAUGUGUAUGGAAAUUUCAAUUCAUACGGCAGUUCAUCUGCAGUCCCUUCUGCUUUCUUGUACAAUAUUUGCAACUUGCUGUAUAGUAUAGUUUGUGUAGUGAGGGAGAAAGAGCCACCAUAGGAUCUUUGGUCUACUAAUAAACUCAGAUUUAAAAUGUUACAUCUAAAAAAUACUAUUUAUUUUUAUCAAAGUAUA